GCUGGAGAGACCUCUCUUGGCUGGCGAGGCUUUGUCAUAUUAUUUAGUGCACUAUACGCUGAAAACGGUCAACAUUUUGACACUAUAUCAGCAGUCAGCUGGCGAUGGCGAUUGCUGCAGUACCGCACGCAACCGUGGCGGCGCCAGAGAACCCACGCUGCCCCGCUAAAGAUGUGAAAAUGGCGGAGCUACAAAUGCUUUUGGAAGAGGAGAUUCCAGCAGGUCGAAGCGCUCUGCUGGAUAGUUUCACGAAUUUGGAAAGAGUCGCCGAGUAUUGCGAGAGCAACUAUGUCCAGUCUCCAGAUAAGCAGCGAGCCCUGGAGGAGACCAAGAAUUACACCACUCAGUCGCUGGCCAGCGUGGCGUACCUGAUUAACACGCUGGCCAACAAUGUCCUGCAGAUGCUGGACAUCCAGGCCUCGCAGCUACGCCGCAUGGAGUCUUCCAUCAACCACAUCUCUCAGACGGUGGACAUUCACAAAGAGAAGGUGGCCAGGCGGGAAAUUGGCAUCCUCACCACCAACAAGAACACAUCCCGCACACACAAGAUCAUCGCCCCAGCCAAUCCAGAGAGGCCUGUGCGCUACAUCCGCAAGUCUGUCGACUACAGCCUGCUGGAUGACAUGGGCCAUGGAGUCAAGUGGUUGCAAAGGUUUAAGGCGAGUGCUCAGAGCAUGAAAGCUGGUGGUGGAGGUGGACUCCCUCGCACGAACCCCCCGACACAGAAGCCGCCCAGCCCCCCUAUGAGCGGAAAAGGGACUCUUGGGCGACACUCCCCAUAUAGGACGCUCGAGCCGGUGCGUCCUCCCGUUGUCCCUAACGACUACGUCUCAAGCCCGACGCGCAACAUGGCGCACCCCCUGCAGAGCCCAGCACGCAAUGCAUCUGUUAAUCAGAGGAACCGCACGUACAGCAGCGGGAGCAGUGGAGGCAGCCACCCCAGCAGUAGUCGCAGCAGCAGCCGGGAGAACAGUGGCAGUGGCAGUGUGGGUCUGCCCAUCGCUGUGCCCACCCCGGCCCCGCCCACUGCCUUCCCAGCCCCUGCCCCCUCCAACACAACUAAACCUACAUCCAACACUGCCACAACCCCUGGUCCCAUACCUCCCGUCCUUGAUGGCCCCUCCCAGGCCUCUAACCCGCCUACUGAGAUCCCGCAUGUGCCCCCACCCCCUCCCCAGCUCCCCACCUCCGCAGCCCCCACUGGCACAGGACCAGCUACUUAUGGAAACCCUGCACAAGGUGCCCCUCAGUUCUACAGCAUGAACCGCCCGGUGCAGCCACCCCAGAACGCCCAUGUGGGAGGCUCGCUGCCGUACCGCCGCCCCUCGUCUGUCACCGGCCAGCCUAACAUGAAUCAGAACCAGCUCAACGGUGGACCACACUUUGCCCAGACACAAGGCCCACUUGCGCCCCCUCCCCCCUCCAUGCAGAUCACCCCUCAGCUGCCCCUGAUGGGCUUUGUGGCCCGAGUUCAGGAGACCAUCUCAGAUGCGCCGCCCCCGCCGCCCCUUGUGGACGAGCCAGUCUUUGAGGACCCUACACCUCCUCCACCGGAGGACUAUGAGGAUGAUGAGGAAGAAGAGGAGUCGGCGGUGGUGGAGUAUAGCGACCCGUACGCAGAGGAGGACCCGCCCUGGGCACCACGCAGCUACCUGGAGAAAGUGGUGGCCAUCUACGACUACAGUCGGGACAAAGAAGACGAGCUGUCCUUCCAGGAGGGCGCCAUUAUCUACGUGAUCAAGAAGAACGACGACGGCUGGUACGAGGGCGUGAUGAAUGGAACCACAGGCCUCUUCCCAGGCAACUACGUCGAAUCCAUCAUGCACUACGCUGAUUGAGAAACACCCCUCCCCCUCCUCUGUGCAAUGAGGGAGAGAAGCAGUAAAUUGGGAAGAGGAAGAAUGAGGGGAGCCAAGGGUUAAAGGUGAAAGACUUUGAACAGACAGAGCAUGAUCACCUCUGGAAUGGGAUGGAAAGUAGAGCCGACGCCCAGUCAUCCUCUCCACCUUAACCACCACUACUUUUUCCCUGUUAUGUUUCUUUCUGGCCAAUCUGGAUUGAUUUUGGAGAGUUUGUGUUACACAACGAGGCAUUUUCUUUUGAAUUUGUUCAGCCAAAUUGCCCUUAUUUUAGAGUAGAAUAUUUAUUUUGAUUCUGUGUGGGAUUCUUGUGUGCGGGCAAAUGGCUGCUGAGGAGCAAGAUUUCCAUGUUGAGAACGCCUUCGCAGGCCAGCGGCAUUGGAGAGAAGAUUUCUCCUUGGACAAACAUGAAAACAUGCAACAAGUGUUUUUAUGUGGGUGGAGGAUCUUGUUGGGGUGCCGCACCAACAGUCAUAAGCACAUCCAAUGUGACACACUGCUUAUAUAAAGGUGGGUCAAAGAAGGCAAAAAAUUUGUAUAUCCUGUUACGUUUACGCUAAUGGAUGGUCACAAGACCCUCCAAAGAAGUGAGGAGUGAAAUCGUCAGUUGCACAAUGGUGAUUUGUGUAGUGUGCAGCUUCACCAUGAAUAAUAGAAGUUUAUUAGCUCGAGUGGCAAGGUCAGACACCAGCUCUGAGCUACUCAGUUGCAGUGUUCUUAAGCGGUGGGGAUGUAUUUUCUUUUGUUUUAGUUCUUGAAAAGGAUUUGCAGAGUGGCAUGUUUCUGCUUGAAGGAAAGAAAUGGCUCUGAUGUGAUGAUUUAUGUCUUAAUAUUUUUAGGUAUGGUAGACUUUAUUUUCCACCAAUGAUGAUGCAUUUAGGUCAUUUUAAAGACACUUGUGCCAUAUUGAGAUGUUUGUUGGACAGAGUGGGAUGGCUUUUUCCCCCCUCCACUUUUUGAAGUUGUUUUAACCAAAAGAACAUGCGUUUUUAGUGAAAUGAUGUGGAACUAAUAUAAAAAUGACAUGUAUUAUGUCCUCCAGACAAGAUUUAUUGAAUAUGGUAAGACAGCUGUCGUGUUGAAAUGGUUUAAACCGUCACAUCUGAUACCUCUGUUGUGAGCAGUUUGAAGGGUGUAUCAUUUUAAAUGCGGUUGGCAGUGUAUUAGCGUGGCCUCAGUACUUAAGCCGGAAACUUUAUUUUCUAUAUUCAAAAAGAGAUAUUCCAGUGGGUCUGUAUGUGAGUCUUGCAUGACAUUAUCCGUGCUUUCCCAAAAACCCACAUGGCAAAAUCAGUCAUUCUAAAAAGAAGCAGUUGUGAGCCGCCUCAUCCAAAAAGACAGUUUCAUUUCCCUUGGAGUUCACAUCCAAAGUACUUGCUCUCGAAACUGAGGGGGGAGCGAGGAGGAGUCUGGUUUGAGAGAUGGGGUGGGGGGAAAUGGAGAGCCUGAUGGGCAGUCCAGUAUCAAUCCAUGAUGCCAUUGUGUUGCACAUUUGAAGUUAAUUUGCAGGAGUCUCAUAUUUGUAAACUCCAGAGAACAAAGACAAUAAAGAUAUAAGGAUUAAA